ACUUUAAGAAACGAGUUAAGCAAUUGAUCUCUUUUUUGUAUGGAACUUGAAUAAAAAGAAUAGCCUCAUCUCCAACAAUCUGUACUUGUCAUUCUCAACAGUAGAAUUUCUUUUUGCAACUUUUAGGCAGUAUGCAUUACCAAGAAAGAACAGCAGCAUCAUCCAUGGGGAGGAGUUCAAAAGCCUUCAUGUCGCCUAAUCCUGUUAGCAUAUUCGGCCGAGUUGUGCUGCUGGGAAUGUUGUUAUUCGCUCUCUUCGCCGUACCUUGCUUUAUCUUCUACAGAAAUGUAUAUCCAUUACAGUGUCUUCAUCUCUCUUCUCAAAAUGUUGACCUUAGCGAUGCCCCUCCAUUAAUAUUAAACGAUGAGCAAGCGAAACUGGAGAGACUACUGAAGGCAGCAGCGAUGAAAGACAAAACUGUUAUCUUAACAACAUUGAAUGAAGCAUGGGCAGCUCCAGCUCCAAACUCAAUUCUGGAUUUGUUUCUUGAGAGUUUUAAAAUAGGAGAAAACACCAAAAAUCUUUUGAAUCAUUUGGUGAUCAUUGCAAUGGACCAGAGAGCAUACCAGCGUUGUUUGGAAGUGCAUCCUCAUUGCUAUGCUUUGAAAGUCGAAGGAGUCGAUUUCACCGUGGAAGCAUAUUUUAUGAAAGGAAAUUACUUAAAGAUGGUCUGGAGUAAGAUUGAUAUUCAGAAAAGUGCUCUUGAAAUGGGAUACAAUUUCGUUUUCACGGAUGCCGACAUAAUGUGGUUUCGAAAUCCAUUUGCCCGGUUUUACGAGGACACCGAUUUCCAAAUAUCUACUGAUAAUUAUUUGCGGAAUAACUCUUACGCCUUGGAUAACAAACCGAAUUCAGGCUUUAUAUAUGUGAGAUCAAACCGUAGAACGAUACAGUUCUACAAGGUUUGGUAUGAAUCCAGAAUUACAUAUCCUCAUAGACAUGACCAAGCUGUACUUAUGGGUCUCAUAGCUGAUCCGAUAAUAAGAGAAAUUGCGUUGACUAUUAGGUUUCUCAAUACACUUUACUUUGGCGGGUUAUGUGAACCAAGUAAAGAUUUCAACCAAGUCUGUACAAUGCAUGGAAAUUGUUGCUUUGGAGUGGAUAACAAAAUUCAUGACUUAAGUAUUCUGCUUGAUGAUUGGAGAAACUACAAGUCUUUGUCACCCGAUGUUAAGAGUUCAUGGAAGGGAACAUGGAAUGCACCACAAAACUGCAGUAUAAAGAAGAUCGACGUCCAUUAUAAACCAAAGAAAGUGAUGCACGAAGAAAAGAAAUAUUGACAACCAGAGCUUCGAUUCUCACUUUCGGAAAUAUGAAACGCAUGCCGGUAAAUUCAUUUCUAUAUGGCAUUUGAAAAACACAAAAAGGCAUUUGAAAAACACAAAAAGGAGCAAACCCAAAAGAGUUGGUGGUAGUGUUGUACUGUACUUAGGUUUUUAUGUCACCUUAGUUCAGUCCAUUUGUCAUGGACACACAAACGGAAAGUAAGGUGAUGAGCCCGAUUCAAGCGGUCGCUGUAAAUGUUCCACGUAAUUUUGUUUUGUUUUUCUUCUAUUUUAUGUAAAAGAGUACGUUUUUAUUACUUGGUUCAAA